AUGUUGUGGCGUGGCUUGCAUGCCCUGAUCAUCCCAGCCCUCACUGGCCUGGUGGUCGCUGACCUUCCGGUGCACUGCCUCCAUCACGAGAUCAUUGGUAAUUGGAGGUUCAGCCUGGGCCGGCUAAGCAGCCAGAGGUCCUCUUGUGGCCAUCUGCGCCCAGACUCGCAAGACCUGCAACCGGGGCGAGCGGAGCACAUCGGGAAGGUUGACAAGGAGUUGCUGAUCUCCCUGAAAGACCCGAAUGUCGCAGAGGCUGACGAACACCAGCCAGGCACCUGGACGAUGAUCUAUGAUGAGGGCUUUGAAGUGAGCAUUGGCAACCACAACUUCUUUGCAUUCUCCAACUUCACCUUCGGGAAGGAUGGCGACGCACGGCAUCUGAAACACAACAUCUCCCACUGCCAUGAGACCAUGGUUGGCUGGUACCAUAGCAAGGACCGAGAACAAUUCGGUUGCUACUAUGCCAGCAAGAUCUUGUCCGAUGAAGAGAUGCGGGCGUCCAAUUCCAAGCAGGAAGUUCCUCUUACUUCCAGGGAGAAGCCGAAGACCCUCUUCUAUCAGACCAAGCUGUCUCAUCACCAUCAGCGGCAGGUGGUUCACAACCUCACGGAGAUGAUCCAGCAGCAGUCUUUGGGAUGGAGCGCGCGACCGAUGGAGAAGUGGACUGGCUUGUCAUUGCUGCAGGUGAACAGCUAUGCUGGCAUCAAGCGCGAGAAUCGCGUAGGGCAGAUGCUUCGACAGCACGGUGCAUCCUACAGGAGCUUGGAAAAGAAGCGAGCAAAGAGCUUUCUGCAAACCGGAAGCUCCCUUCGGGCUCUGCCGAAGCUGCCAGACUCCUGGGACUGGUCGGAUGUGAAUGGGCGCAGCUUCCUCGAGCCUGUCAUGGACCAGUCCGAGUGUGGAAGUUGCUAUGUGGCCUCUGCCAUGCGCAUGCUGACGGCCCGACACAAGAUCAACCAAAACGACACCAAUGUGCUGCCCUGGUCAAUUUCAUUUCCGCUGCAGUGCUCUGAGUACAACCAGGGCUGCAAGGGAGGCUACGGCAUUCUGGCUGCAAAGUGGUCGCAGGAAGUUGGCUUGCUGCCUGCGAACUGCAUGAGGUACACGACGGAAGGGAGUUGCGAGCUCGAGUGCGAUCUGAAGGCUCUGGGUGGCAAGCGCUACCGCGCCGACAACCAUCGAUACGUCGGGUCUUAUUACGGAGAACAUGGUGACAAGGUGAAUGAAAUCAAAUCAGAGCUCUUUCAUCAUGGGCCUUUGAUUCUCGGUAUUGAGCCUGGAGAAGACUUUAUGUGGUACUCUGACGGCAUCUACCGUUCCCCGAGUGCUCCGAGCGGGGCAAGCAAGUCUGAAUGGGAGAGAGUUGACCAUGCCGUGCUUUUGGUCGGCUACGGUGAGGAGGGUGGACAAAAGUACUGGAAACUGCAGAACAGUUGGGGCGAGGACUGGGGCGAGAAGGGCUUCUUCCGCAUAGUUAUGGGCGAGAAUGAUUCUGGCAUUGAGUCCAUUCCUGAAGCUGCAGAUGUGGUCGUGGAUGAACAG